AUGGCUCUCAACGGCAAAAACGUCGACAAAAGGCAAAUUGAACCCAGAAAGAGGAAUCUCUCUUCUCGCCUCUCCCGGUUUUGGAAAGUCCAUAGCCUCACUAGCGUCCUUCCCUCCAAAGACAGCGAUCCAGGCACUCCAGGACGGGACAACAGCCAGGCGGGAAGCACCCAAACCCUGUCGACAUUCUCCCAGCCCAAUGGCUGUCCACUUCUGAAUCUCCCGCGGGAGCUCAGAGAAAUCAUCUACGACUACCUGCGUGGGACCAACAGCUUCAGCAUCAUCGUCUACACCGACAUCGAAGCCCCUGACGACAUCGACGAGACUCACUACGAUGCACCUCAACCUCUCCAAUUACCCCUGGAGUCCGGAUUCUUGGCAUAUCACGGCCUCCAGCCCCCCGUGAACCUCUCGCUGGCGUGCCAACAGCUCCACGCCGAACUGUGGGAUCACGCCUUCGAGGUCGGGCCCCUCACGCCGCAUGCCGAUGAAUGGCGCUUCGACCCCACGUAUCGGAGGUUGUCAAGGUCAGUCCGACUCCGGCACGUGCAGAGGAUUCUAGUGCGCGUCGAGCUGGCUAGCAUGCGCAUGGAGACGUCGAUAGGGGCGCUUAAGUAUGCGCCUAUCGAGCUCGAGGACUGUGUUUCCAAGGUGCAAGAGCUGGCUGGGCUGCUGGUGAGGGUCUUAAGGACCGGAGCGAAGAGUCUUAGGUGGAUUACGAUUGAUUGGAUUGAUGAGUUCGACGGUGAGGGGAAUUGGGAGUUGAAGAGUAGUGUGCUUUUACCUUUUGGGACGCUUGAAAGGGUGAGGAUUCAGAGAAAUAAGACGAUGGUCAGGGAGAGUGCGAGGGAGGAGAUGGAGAGGAAGCUUGAUGAUACUCUAGACGGCCUUUCUGCGAUGGCUUGA